AGAGAGCUGGGAAGAGUAACGUUGCGUCUCUACGUGACGUCGUAAGAGAGAGAGGGGGAUUGAGUGUAGAGAGAGAGAGAGAGAGGAGGGGAUAUCAGGUAUGGUGCUCCGUCGUCCUGCGUGUGAAGCUCAUCGUGUGGAUUUUCCCUGGUUCGCGUCGCUGUCUCUCAGUCACUCUGCUGUGUGAGUGUGUGUUGUGCUCGCUCGCAGCCUCUCUCUCAGUGUGUGUGUGUGUCGCUUCAGCCUCUACUGAGAUUUUUCCUCUCUCUCUCUUUUCCUGUCAGUCGACAGCAACAUGGCACAUUUUGCACUGGCGCUCGAGCCGCUCGUGAGUAUGAUGGUGUGUAGACCGUUCGCAGCUCUGAGCCGUUUCUGAGGGGUGUGUGUGUGAGAGAGAGAGUGUGUGUGUGCUGGGGGGCAUUUGUCUCAUGUGUUGUCAGUCGACAGUUUUUAUUUUUUAAAUCCAGCAAUACGUUUAACGAGGACACUCGACUGUAUUUAACUGCUAGUGAGCAAGUUAGCACAAUAUAUAAGCUAUAAACUCAUUAUCCCCCCUCCACCAAACAUCAGACUGUUAGCGAGCUGUAGUGUCAGAGUCAGCCUGAGCGUCUGACAGCAGACCAUCGUGGACCAUCAUCGCUACACAUCUUCUCCAGUCUCGACGUUUCAACACGCAAUACUGACUGUGUUAUCAAUAUUUUUCAAGCAAUUUUAUUGACGAGCUGCUGUGAGACUUUAUUAUUAUUUCCAAUGCAACUGAAAGAAGAAAGAGAAGGAGCUUCUUCAACCUGAGCAUCUUUUUUCCCACACACUGGAUUCUUCAGGCUCCUCUGAAUAUAGUAGGAUCUUCUUCACGUUCUCACAAACAGACGGAAGCGAAACACAAAAGUGGAGGAAUGGCAGUAUUAUUUGUUCUUUUGAUUCUCUUCGUGCUUGUCUCUCUCACUGAGGCUGCACACAAUACAACCGCAGGCUGUGUUAUCAUUCGCCCACCAAGAGACGGAGGGAUUAGAUACAGAGGGCUUACACAAGAACAGAUCCGCAGUGUGCAGGUGUUGCCGGUGGAUUAUGAAAUUGAGUACAUAUGCAGGGGGAACAGGAUCAUCGUGGGACCAAAGGUCAGGAAGUGUCUGCCCAACGGCACCUGGACUGACCUUAACCAGCGCAGCAAGUGCUUGUUACCCUGCCCGAAGGUGUGGACGUCUCUGGAGAACGGGCGUGUGGUGGUGUCUCCUCACGGGCCGGCGGUGGAAGGGACGGUGUUGCAUUACACCUGCCUGAGCGGAUUCAUCCUGGAGGGAAGAAACAGCACACAGUGCACAAAGCUGGGCAAAUGGGACUACCCCAAACCCAUCUGCCGCUAUGACAGGCAUUACACAGGCAAGAAGAAGCUCUACAUUGGCGCCUUGUUCCCCAUGAGUGGCGGGUGGCCCGGCGGUCAAGCGUGUCUACCGUCUGCCAAAAUGGCCCUGGAAUUGGUGAACAAGCGCACGGACAUCCUCCCGGACUACGAGCUGGAGCUCAUCCACUACGACAGCCAGUGUGACCCCGGGGAGGCCACUAAGCUGCUGUAUGACCUGCUCUACACCGAGCCCAUAAAGAUCGUGCUGAUGCCCGGCUGCAGCUCUGUUUCCACGCUGGUGGCUGAAGCGGCUCGCAUGUGGAACCUCAUAGUGCUGUCCUACGGCUCCAGCUCUCCGGCUCUCUCCAACCGUCAGCGCUUCCCCACCUUCUUCCGGACGCACCCCUCCGCCACCCUGCACAACCCCACCCGUGUCCAGCUCUUCCAGAAGUGGGGGUGGACCAAGAUCGCCACCAUCCAGCAGACCACCGAGGUCUUCACUUCAACUUUGGACGAUUUGGAGCAGAGGGUGAAGGAGGCUGGUAUAGAGAUCAGUGUGAGGCAGAGUUUUCUCACUGAUCCCGCCGUUGCUGUCAAGAACCUGAAGCGGCAGGAUGCUCGUAUCAUCGUGGGUCUGUUCUACGAGACCGAGGCCAGGAAAGUGUUCUGUGAGGUCUAUAAAGAGAAGCUCUAUGGGAAGAAGCAUGUCUGGUUCCUGAUUGGCUGGUACGCCGAUAACUGGUUCAAGAUUAAAGACCCGUCAAUCAACUGUACGGUGGAGCAGAUGACGGAGGCAGUGGAGGGACACGUUACCACGGAGAUCGUCAUGCUCAACCCAGAGACGGUCCGGGGAGCGUCCAAUUUGACCUCUCAGGAGUUCCUGGCCCAGCUCAAUGUCACGCUGGGCGGUAAGAGCCCGGAGGAGACAGGGGGGUUUCAGGAGGCCCCGCUAGCCUAUGAUGCUGUGUGGGCUUUGGCUCUUGCUCUCAACAAAACCGUGGGGCCCCUGAAGGCAAAGGGCCGGCGGCUGGAGGACUUCAACUACAACAACAAAGACAUCACUGCCGAAAUCUACCGGGCCCUCAACACCAGCUCCUUCGAAGGAGUCUCUGGCCACGUCGUGUUUGACGCUCAGGGCUCCAGGAUGGCCUGGACGUUGAUUGAGCAGCUGCAAGGAGGAAGCUAUAAGAAGAUUGGAUAUUACGAUAUGACCAAGGGCAAUCUCUCCUGGUAUGGCAAUGAUAAGUGGAUAGGCGCCGGGCCUCCUGCUGAUCAGACUAUGGUCAUUCUGGAAUACCGCUUCCUCUCUCAGAAGCUCUUUGUGUCCGUUUCUGUCUUCGCUGGACUGGGCAUCUUACUGGGCAUCGUCUGUCUCACCUUCAACAUUUACAACAGCAACGUCAGGUACAUUCAGAACUCCCAGCCCUACCUGAACAACAUGACGGCAGUGGGCUGUAUGAUGGCUCUGGCCGCUGUGUUUCCGCUGGGCCUCGACGGCCUACAUGUCCACAAGUCACAGUUUCCCGUGGUCUGCCAGUUCCGCUUGUGGCUGCUGGGUCUCGGUUUCAGUCUGGCCUACGGCAGCAUGUUCACAAAGAUCUGGUGGGUCCACACAGUCUUCACCAAGAAGGACGAGAAGAAAGACAAGCGAAAGCAGCACCUGGAGCCCUGGAAGCUGUACGCCACAGUGGGAGUGCUGCUGGUUAUAGACGUGCUGUCCCUCAUGAUCUGGCAGAUUGUGGAUCCGCUGCACAUCACUGUGGAGAAGUUCACAAGAGAAGCGCCUAAAGGAGACCAAGACGUGUUGAUUGAGCCGCUGCUGGAGCACUGCAGCUCUGAGAAGAUGAAUACGUGGUUGGGGGUGGUAUACGGCUACAAGGGAUUGCUGCUGCUUCUUGGUAUCUUCUUGGCCUACGAGACCAAAUCUGUGUCCACAGAGAAGAUAAAUGACCACCGAGCUGUCGGGAUGGCCAUCUACAACGUCUCAGUGCUGUGCAUGAUUACUGCUCCUGUCACCAUGAUCCUGUCCUCUAAGCAGGACGCUUCCUUCGCCUUCGCCUCUCUGGCCAUCGUCUUCUCCGUCUACAUCACCCUGGUGGUGCUUUUCGUCCCUAAGAUGCGGAGGCUGAUUACUCGUGGGGAGUGGCAGUCUGACCAGCAGGAGACCAUGAAGACCGGCUCGUCCACCAACAACAACGACGAGGAGAAAUCCCGCCAGCUGGAGCGGGAAAACAAAGAACUGCAGAAGAUCAUUCAGGAGAAAGAGGAGCGUGUUUCUGAGCUGAGGAAUCAGCUUUCAGAGAGGCAGGCCCUGCGUUCCCGGAGACGCCCGUCCUCGUCUAACCUCAACCACUCGACCCCCCCGAUGCCCACGGCCCACCCGGACCCCAAAUCACUCCUGCCUCCUCCAGGGUAUCCCCUCCCUGCAUCAGAUAACCACUCGAUGCCUCCAUCCUUUUCCAACUCCUCCAACCUUUACCAGCCCGACGGCAAGAUCGGCCGCAACAACUGCCACACCAGCCGCCUGCAGCUGCUCUACAAGUGAGCGCCCUCUAGGAGGGGGAGGAUGGAGUGAUGUGGUGUGAAGAACAAAAUAAAAAUAAAAAACAACAAUAAAACAUGAAAUGGCUGAACAAGAAUCUGCAUUAAUCCACCUCCUCCUACCUGUCCGUUUCUAUCUCAUCCAGCAGAACCUACUCAGUGUUAACUGGUUGAUUUUGCCUCUUUCUUUAAAGCACAUGACGGCUCAUGUGCUGGAGGUUGUGCUGUCCAGGAUGUCAGACGUGUCAUCUGGAGCUCAUCCUGUCAUGAGACAUGACUUGCAGUGUUACAACAGAGUGACAUUAUUCAUUCCCACAAUCAAGGCUAUGAAUAAUCCAGUACCGUAAUCUUCAAGGAGAUGUUCGCUUUCGCAGAGAAAGGCUUACACAGAGUGACUUUGCAGAAGAGCUGGUGUUAACUUGUGUUUUGUCUUAAAAACAUCUCACACACUCCUAAAAAUAAAGGUUCCCUAAAUGCUGCUUGGCUCAGACAGGUAGUGCUACGGAUAAUACGUUCAUUUUACUUUAAACCCUGAUAAGUUCGGUUUACUUUUGUAAAGUAUUUGGGUAACACUUUCUAUGAAUGUCAUCUUUAUUAGACGCUAUAACCACAUUCAUAACAUAUUAUAAUGCAUUCAUAAGGCAUUAUAAACAUGGCUAUAAAUGUUUAUACAAAAUGCAUAACCCGUUAUAGACAUGUUUGUUAAGCAUUAUGACCUGUGAUCAUAAUACAUUAUAAUACAUUAUGAGCAUUAAUAAUCUAGUCCUACAAUGAAAGUCUGGCACUUUACUUAGAGCGCACAAAGACCUGUUAUAAUACAUUAUAAUUGACUAUAACUAAUAUUAUAUUAAAGACAAGAAUAAUUUACAAGUGGUUAAAACUAUAUUUAUAGGAUUAUUAAGGGUGUGUUUAUAAGUUGGAAGUUUUUUUUAGUCAUGAUACAGUCUGCAAGCCGGGACUGAGUUUCUUGGUAUUGAUGUAUAACAUGUUAUAAAUGCAGGUAUUAAUGCAUUAUAAUCACAGUUCAUGAUGCAUGAUAAACAUUGCUAUAUAGAAUUAUACAUUUUUAUUAAUAUGUAUAGCCAUGUUUAUUUAUAAUGCCUUAUGAAUGCAUUAUAAUGUGUUAUGAGUAUGUUUACAGAUUCUUAUAGAGAUGACAUUUAAAGAAAGUGUUAUCAGUACUUGUUAUAUUUGUUAUAGUAAAAACACAACAAAUGUUUAUAUAAUAAACUGAAAAAAUUAAAACUGAGGGUAAAUUAACAAAUCAAAGAAAAUUCUACAAAUUGUUUAACCUUAAAUUGAUUACAAAUUUCAAUAUGAACUAAAAUGUAAUUUGCUGUUUAAUUACAUUUCUUUAUGAAAAAUUGUGCUUAUAGUAAUAAGUCCAGUUGUUCAGACAUUCUUAGUAAACUAUACAACUGUCCACAAUCUGCACAAUUUUUUUUGUGUUUAAGGUAUACUUUAAAAAAUGUAUCAUUUAAGUUUAUACCACUGAUUACCAGCUGGACAACUAAACUGUAUCAGUAGUAACUUAAAAAGUCCUUUGUUACAAUCAAUUUGACUACUAAUACCACAUGAAGUGGUGAAGACGGUAAUGUUUAAAACGUUUUACUUAUCUCAAAAAGCACUCUUAAAUUUUCUGUAAACAGUACUAACACAACAUGCUUGAACUUAUCAUAUAAUAAUAAUAACAAAUUGUUUACAUUAAGUGUUCACUAUUUAUUAUUUACUAUUUACUUUUUUUAUUUAGGUGCAUUAUAAUUUCUAUAAUCCAAAGCUUUGUUUGUUCAGUUGUUUGUUGCUCCAGUGAGCUUUAUGGAAGCCUUUAUUUUUAGAGUGUCUGAUGUGAUGUAGGAGUGAAACAUGCAGCAUUACUUCUGCAAUAUUUGACAUCAUGACCUUAGCUUUUUUUUUCUAAAUCUCAUUAAUGCCUGAGCUACCAAUACAGCAUGAAAAAAAAAUCCCAAAACCUUGUAUCUCCAUUUUUACAAUUUCUCACUUACAAAAUAUGGUCGACAAUUUGGCUGUUUUUUUUACACUGUGUCAAAAUCCUGAUAAAUGGAUUAUUAGAAAUGCUCCAGAAUGUUUAAAGAACAUUUUUAUUCUCCUGUGCUGUUAAACCUUUAGAAAUAUGAAUUUGUUUUUGCGUAACAAUCUGUUACAUUAACAAUAAUCUUGACAAACGUGGAAGAAGAUUGGAAUUUAACUUGUGCACGAACACUUGAAUCGCAGUAUAAUUGUUUUUAUUAAAAUGUAGAAUAAUUAUAACAUUCCCGAAAACCUUUAAAGUCUUUUACUUGUUAACAUUUUUGCAGAGCAGUGGGAUCUUUUUAUUUCUUUUUAAACAAUAAAACCUAAUUUCAGUCUUUUUUUUCCAACCCACUGAACUUUAGAAAGAAAUGUGUCAGUUUUGCAAUUGCAUAUUUUUACAGUGAGAUCACACUUAUGACGGUGCAUUGCACAAUUAACCAGUGUAAUGAGCGUGUUCACUGGGCUAGGGGCUGCAUCGUGUAGUUGUUUACUUACUUCUGGGUUUUUCACACUGUAGCAGCCUUUCAGUUCUGCUCAGCUUGUGUGAUUUCUAACAUCUGAUGUCACACUGUAAUGGAUUCUUUAUGUCCUGUGUUUGAUUAAUAAUCCAUGGCUCAGAAUCCUGCUGGCUGAGUGCAUAUAUUGGCCAUGGGGGUCUUCGCUGGGGUAUAUUAUUGUAAAAAUGACUCACAAUUUCUUGUGGGUUGUUCUACCCUAGAUUAGACAUGCACAAACUAAAGCACAUCUCAAAUUUAAGGUUGCUGCUGCUAUUGUUUUUAGCUAUGCUAGCUACUUUUGUCCAUAGAUAACAUACAGUGUGACAUAAUGUGUCAUAAACCACAAAAGAAAUGCUAUUUAAAAGGUCACUAAACAACAAGACGUGUUUUGACGCGAGUGUGUGAUGAUUUAGCACAAUGCUAAUUUCUAGAAUAUAAGCUAACUACAUUAGCCAAAUAGCUUUAGAAGCUAAAGUAGCAAUCAUCACUAAACACACUAAGCAUGUCAUAACUGGUGAACUAAAACUGAGAUAAGGAGGAAAUUAGAUUCAGCAGAAGUGUUAGCAGCUUAGCUACAUGGUUAAAUAGCAAAUACACAGUUUACUGAACUGGAAGCCCGAUGCUAAGUAAACAUGUGGUUUAUUUUACAGCUAAGCCAGAACCGAAGCAACUUCUAAAAAAGGUCUGAGGCAGACAAUAACGAUUUAGCACAGUGCUAAUGGCUAUAUAUUAGCUUGCUUUGUUUAUGUUAGCUUGUUAGCUAAAUUAGCUUUGUAGCUCCAGCGCAAAACGGGAGAUGUAAACUUUCGAUGCUAAACAUGUUUUGUUGACUGUGUGGAUUUGUGAAAAAGGCGCGGGUGCAGGGGUUUGGUGGAGGUUGGCUGUGUAAAUUUGAUUUCUUGCCAAACUCUUCUUAUAAACCGUGUCAUUUUCUAUCAAAGUUGCUAAUUGGAACACAUGUUCAGAUAUGACGCGUGGCGGUUCGGCCGCAGUCUCUUAUCCUCCCACAGACUAGCACAAUAGCUUGUUAUUUAAGUUUUGCAUUUGUUUUGUGUUUAAAAGCCUGGCGUGGGAGAUGCAAGUCUGUAAUUUUAUAAUUAUAUGUUUUUUGUGCUUUACUUUUAUGCUCUGACUGAGAAAAAAACAAAAAGCUGUAGAUUUAAUCUGGCAGCUGCUGUAAAUCUCUUUCUAACAAAACCUGAGUAAAGCCAAAUUGGUACUGUGCAGUGCGAUGGAGCGGGAUGAACGGAGGCAGUAAUAAAUGCUAAAAUGUUCUAAAGCUUUUUAGCACCUGAACACCCUCUUAGAGCUGAUUGGAGGGAUGGAACGGGAGGAUGCAGGCAUACAUUUUUUUAUUUAUUUUAUUUUAGUUUUUUUGUUUUUUUCAUUGAGUGGACUUGACCAUUCUUGCCUGGCUGCAGUAUUACAGUGGUGGAAUCAUAUCGAGUAAUAUGCCUUACAUGAGUUAUAUAAAGACCCCCCACACACAUCCUCCCACUGCUUUCAGUCAUUUCGAGCAGUUUCCUUUCAGUAUCAUUCCCAGUCUUGUGGUUUCUCUGUGGUUUCUUGCUCUGAAAAACCCAGCCUGGGGUACUUUUUGUAGAUUUUCUCAGCAAUGCAGAAAGAACAUCUCUACCUGCUCUGAUCUCUAGAGGUGUUAGCAUUCCAUUGUGCAAAAUUGCUGUGUUGCCUCUCUCACUGCGCAUUCAAAACCACAUUUUGGCCCUGACAGCUGUGACUUCGUCUGUCCGUCUGCCUUUAUGACUCUCUUGAGGGGAUUUUAGAGUCUUUGUGUCAGUGAAAAUGCCUUGGAUUCUCUUUGGACUUUGCAGAACCACCUGCUCUGUUUCAACUGAACUGUUAAUGUUGUCUAUUCGCCAAUGGAGUUUUACGUCCCGGAAUACUCCAGCGUGUUUAACCUAUUUUCUAUCUGCCACAUGAGUAGCAAACUAUCGACUUUCACACACAGAAAUACCCUGAAGUUUGCAAAUAACUAGAAACUCAAAUCAAAACACACCUAUAAUACAAUACUAGGGGCAGCUGCUCUAGCAGUUGCAUUAAACAGAAAUUAGGUUAAAUAAACUGCUGGAAUUUUCCUAUAAUCAUCAUAAACAGUCCUAAUGCUGAAGGAUCAGACUUCCAGUGAGCAAAGUCAGCACCGAACCAGUGUCGUUCAUCUGUUUACAUAAAAAAUGCUUAUGGCAAAUAAGCAGGAAUUGAAUCCUUUUGUAUUUUACGCUCAUGCUCAUUCUGAGAUGGAAGCACUCGUCAUGUCAGAAUGCAAAACCACCCUCAGCAUCUGUCAGUCAGUGCUGUCCUUUGAUUUAUCUGUCUUGUCUAACAAAAAAAAAGAUGCUAAAGAUAACAAUAAUUCAGAUGCACCAAAAGUGUAAAAUCAGCGUCUACAUUGUAAAUGUAUUCUCUUGCAGAUAGGAUAAGGUAUAUACAGUAUACUGUAAAAUGGUAUUCCCAUGUGGUAUCGAAAAUAUAUUUAUAUUUACCAUUUUAGACGUCAGAUGUUGAGAGUCUGUCAGAUGCAACAGGAUUGUUGUCUAUGGAAAAAUAAAAAUAAUUGUUUUGUUU